AUGGUUUUGACUAAUGGCAGUCUUGUGAAGGAAUUCAUCAUAUUGGGGUUUCCUGGAAGUCAUCCAUUUCAGUGUUUUUUGUUUCUGUUAUUAUUUAUUACCUAUCUAAUAACUCUUCUGAGCAACACUGGAAUCAUUAUUUUAAUAUGUAGAGAAAGGUCCCUUCACACCCCUAUGUACUAUUACCUUUGCGUUUUUGCUUUAUUGGAAACCUUCUAUGUUUCUGUUAUUGUUCCAAAGAUAUUGGCGACCAUUACUCCUCAUGGAAGAAUUAUUUCAUUUCUUUGUUGUAUUACUCAAUUGUUUUUCUUCUUCUUCCUGAGCUCCACUGAGUGCUUCUUGCUUGGUGUCAUGGCUUUUGAUCGCUAUUUGGCAAUUUGCUAUCCCUUACGUUACUCAUCUCUGAUGAACAGUAACAUGUGCCGAAAUUUAACACUAAGUUCAUGGUGUGGGGGGUUUGUUACUAUCUUUCCUUCAAUUGUACUAAUCUCUCAACUCCCAUUUUGUGGAAGUAAUUUCAUUAAUCAUUUCUUCUGUGACUCACCUCCUGUUUUACAACUUUCCUGUGCAGAUACAUACCUAAUUGACCUUCUGGAUUUUAUCUGCUCUUCUAUGGUAAUUGUAUCUUCAUUCUCAAUUACCUUGAUUUCAUACCUCUAUAUUAUAGUAGCUGUCUUGAAAAUUCCUACUACCAAAGGAAGAACAAAAGCAUUUUCCACUUGUGGCUCCCAUUUAAUUGUAGUUCUUGUUUAUUAUGGAACUGUUACAUUUAUGUAUGUGAGACCAAAGGUAGGAUAUACUUUCACUCUCAAUCGCGUGAUAGCUGUUUUUUACACAGUGAUUACCCCUAUCCUGAAUCCUAUUAUUUACUGCUUAAGGAAUAAAGAGGUCAUAAAAGCUUUUAAAAAAAAAAAACUUUCUUUGUUAAAACACAUGCAUUAA